AUUCAGCUCGAGCAGACAGUCAAAUCCUCAUCAUUCAGCAACAUGAAGACACUCGUGUUUCUGUGCUUGGCCGUCGCGACUGUGAUGGCGGUGGAGAAGUACCCGGACCAAUGGGACAACUAUCCAAUCGACGACGUACUCAAGAACGACCGAGUAUUGGUGGUGUACAUCAAGUGCGCCCUUCAGGACACUCCAUGUUCCAAUAAGGAGGCGGAGCUCCUGCACCAGUACCUGCCCGAGGCCAUCCGCACGGGCUGCGAGCGCUGCACCGACAAGCAGAAGGAGCUCGCGCGCUACGUCAUCCGCUUCCUGCGCGAGCACAAGCCGCAGGAGUGGACCUCCAUCGUCAACAAGUACGACCCCACGGGCGAGUUCAGGGCCAAGUACGAGCACUUCCUCAAAGCCUAGCCCCACUCACCCCACUCAAAUGCUAGCCGCGCCAACAGCCCGAUGGAAUUGUUCUUCACGUGUGCUUUUUCUUUAUUUUUAAAUAGUUAGAGCAUGAAGCAAUUAAAGGAUUAAAAAAUAUA